GUCGCUCCACCUGUCCUCCUCUCCCCCGUCGACAUCCGGCCUACAUAGAGAGCACCUCCGGUUGACACAUCUCCACAUCUCCCAGUCGCAGUCCAUCCACUCCCCGUCCGUUCCCCACCCAGCAGCAAGCAAAGCACCUUCCCUUUCUCUUCUCUCCUCACCGUCGCGACGAUGAGCGGCGGCGGCAUGGACUCGUCGUCGUCGUCGUCCUCGGGCACGGGGGGCUCCGGCGCGGCGCCGUUCGUGGCCAAGACGUACGGGAUGGUGGACGACCGGGCGACCGACGCCGUCGUCGCGUGGGGGCCCGCCGGCAACAGCUUCGUGGUCGCCGACCCCUUCGCCUUCUCGCGCGCGCUGCUGCCGGCGCACUUCAAGCACGCAAACUUCUCCAGCUUCGUGCGGCAGCUCAACACCUACGGCUUCCGCAAGGUGGACCCGGACCGGUGGGAGUUCGCGCACGCCUCCUUCCUCCGCGGCCAGACCCACCUCCUCCCCCGCAUCGUCCGGCGCCAGAGCAGCAAGCGCGGCAAGGAUAGCAGGGAGGAGGAGGAGGAGGAGAGCAGCAGCGCGGCGCUGGCGAUGGAGGUGGUGCGGCUGAGGAAGGAGCAGAGGGCCACGGAGGAGCGCGUGGCGGAGAUGUGGCGCCGGGUGCAGGAGACGGAGCGCCGGCCCAAGCAGAUGCUCGCCUUCCUCCUCAAGGUGGUCGGCGACCCGGACGUGCUGCGCCGCCUCGCGGGCGGCCCAGGCUCGGGGGGCGGCCCGGACGAGGGCGCGGAGGAGGUCAAGAGGCCGCGGCUGCUGCUCGACGGGGACGGCGCGGGGGUGGACGGGGGGCUACUGUACCACCACAGCGGCAACCUGAUGAACCUGGGGGAGGCCCUGGUGCCGGAGGAGCCGAGCGUGGACAUGUACUACGCCGGAGGCGACGGGUUCGGCGGCGUGCAGGCGGACGGCGGGCCUCCGUACGCUUUCCACAUGGACACCGGCUACUGAUGGCCGUCGGCUCGGGCUUGGGCGGCUGGUGCGCGUGCUUCCGCCGGCGAACGAACUUCCACCGGAAUUGCUCUGCUCUGUCUGUAUGUAUGUAUGUAUGUAUGUAUGUAUGUAGAGGAAAGGAGGCUAGUAGGUAGAGGGGUAGGCUCUGACUUGUGGCUGUACUGUACAGGAGAUGGAAUCUCAAGCUGUGAGACCUAUACAUGUUUGAGAGGCCAGGAAAUGUACACUGCUGGAGGCAUAUAUAUGCAGCAUCACAUCUCAUGGAUCUGCUCAGCUCAGGUCUCCUCCCCAUUGCUGCUGAAUACUUUAAUUUUUUGCUUGAUGAAGAUGCGGUCCACAUGAUCCGGAGGGAGCUGAUGCAGUGCUGCCUGGAAGAUCAACUUUUCCCCACUCUGUUUUUCGAGCUGUAAUAGUAUCUUAACCACACAAUUCCCCAUGUUUUUACUUCUUCUGAAUAUUUGUAGUGGCUGAACGAUCCAUAUGAGACAUGCUUUCUUUACAUAUACUACCCCUCUCUGUUUAGAUCUUAUAUUUCUUUACAGAGGA